GGCUCCGGGUCGGGGCCCCGGUAACUUUAUCCCAGGCAGGGUGAACAUCACCAUUAAAGCUGUUUUUUAAGUUAUCGUCCCUGCAGAACCGUCUGCACCAUGAGAUACUCGUAUGCUGAGAUCUCCAGUAACUAGUAUCAUCUGGAGUACAGACACAACAUCAGAAUUAAACUGCUCAGCAAAAACAAAUAUGGCUUUAUGUUAUGAAGUAAAAAUGUAAGUGAAACACAGGAAGUGCAAUCAAAAUAAAACAGGUGGGAGCUGGUCUCACUGUUUCUUACAUACAACCAAGAAUCAAUAAGUAAAACUUUGUUUACAAAAGCUGUCAUUUAUGUUUUAUUGCUGUUUUAUUAAAGCUCAAAGUUUUGUUGAAGCGGUGUUUCAGGCUUUGAGGGUCAGUUAGCAAAGUGACCAAAAGUCUGUGGACACACCUUCAUGUUCAGAAACCAACAUCAUCAUUAUCACGUGGUCCACCUUAACUCAGCUAGCCAAUCACAGCACAGCUCUGAGAACUCCGAGUGCCUCACCUGACCCGGAGAGUGAAGGGUUAAACCCUGCAGAACCUAAAAAAACACACACACACACACACACAGUCAUGUUGUGCAACAGUCUGAAGCAACACAGCUGAGCAGGGUGGAGUGAACAGGAAGUAGAGAAGAAGCAGAGUGGGAUCUGCAGGGCGGUGCACUCUUCUGGACAGACAGACUGCACGAGGGUGAGCCUGUGGAGUGUGUGCGUGAGAAUGAGUGGUGGUAAAAAGAGGAGUGGCUUUCAGAUCACCAGCGUGACUUCAGAGGUGAACCAGAGUCCAGCAGACCAAUUGUCUCCUAGCGCUGUCCUGCCCAUCAUCCAAUCAGAGGUCUCUCUGCAGUCCCCCCUCUGCAGCCCUCAGGGAAGCUCCUCCCAGCCAACCACACCCUCUCUGAAGAGGAAGUAUGUCUCCCUCGAUGGCGGGCAGGGGGCGGGGUCUUCCUCCAGGUUCAGGGUGGUGAGACUAGUGAGCGGAGCCGGCGGCGGAGGCCGGGGGGAAUCGUAUCGUCGCGGGCGAUGGAUGUGCACAGAGUUCACAGAGCGGCAGGAAGGCCCGGGGUUCAGGCGGGUAAUGGACAGCAUGAGUCUGUCCUCAGGCUGUCUCACUCUCAGCCUGGCUCCCCCCCUGCUGGACUGUACCAACCCCCUCUGACCCCCGCUCAGACGCCGUCAGGCUUCAGCCUGGACCGCACCAUGUUCGACCUGCCGGGGGACGCCAG